CCCUCGAGCAGUUACAAAGGGCCGGAGCGAGGCCGCAGCGGCGGCGGGGAGGUGGGGCGAGGAGAGGCGAGGCUUGUUGAGGAGAAGCUGAGGCCGGGGCCGGGCCGGGCCACAAACAGUGGCAGCGGGACCAUGGAGGCGGCGUCGGCUGCUUUGCGUCGCUGCCUGCUUCUCAUCGUGUUGGUGGCGGCGGCGACGCUGCUCCCGGGGGCGAAGGCAUUACAGUGUUUCUGCCACCUCUGUACAAAGGACAAUUUUACUUGUGAGACAGAUGGUCUCUGCUUUGUCUCAGUCACCGAGACCACAGACAAAGUUAUACACAAUAGCAUGUGUAUAGCUGAAAUCGACCUAAUUCCCCGAGACAGGCCAUUUGUUUGUGCACCAUCUUCAAAAACAGGGGCAGUUACGUAUUGCUGCAAUCAGGAUCACUGCAAUAAAAUAGAACUCCCAACUACAGGACCUUUUUCAGAAAAGCAGUCAGCUGGCCUCGGUCCUGUGGAGCUGGCAGCUGUCAUUGCUGGUCCAGUCUGCUUCGUCUGCAUUGCACUUAUGCUGAUGGUCUAUAUCUGCCAUAACCGCACUGUCAUUCACCACCGCGUACCAAAUGAAGAGGAUCCCUCACUAGAUCGCCCUUUCAUUUCAGAGGGCACCACCUUAAAAGAUUUAAUUUAUGAUAUGACAACAUCAGGGUCUGGAUCAGGUUUACCACUGCUUGUUCAAAGAACAAUUGCAAGGACCAUUGUGCUACAAGAAAGCAUCGGCAAAGGUCGGUUUGGAGAAGUUUGGCGAGGCAAAUGGCGGGGAGAAGAAGUUGCCGUGAAGAUAUUCUCUUCUAGAGAAGAACGUUCAUGGUUCCGAGAGGCAGAGAUUUAUCAGACUGUAAUGUUACGCCAUGAAAAUAUCCUGGGGUUUAUAGCAGCAGACAACAAAGACAAUGGUACAUGGACUCAGCUGUGGUUGGUGUCGGAUUAUCAUGAGCAUGGAUCCCUUUUCGAUUACUUGAAUAGAUACACUGUUACUGUGGAAGGAAUGAUCAAACUCGCUCUGUCCACGGCAAGUGGUCUUGCCCAUCUUCACAUGGAGAUUGUUGGUACCCAAGGAAAACCAGCUAUUGCCCAUAGAGAUUUGAAAUCAAAGAAUAUCUUGGUGAAGAAAAAUGGAACCUGUUGUAUUGCAGAUUUGGGACUUGCUGUGAGACAUGAUUCUGCCACAGAUACAAUUGAUAUUGCUCCAAACCACAGAGUAGGCACUAAAAGGUAUAUGGCCCCUGAAGUUCUAGAUGAUUCCAUAAAUAUGAAACAUUUUGAAUCCUUCAAACGUGCUGACAUCUAUGCAAUGGGCUUAGUAUUCUGGGAAAUCGCUCGACGCUGUUCCAUUGGCGGAAUCCACGAAGACUACCAGUUGCCUUACUAUGAUCUUGUACCUUCUGAUCCAUCCGUUGAAGAAAUGAGAAAAGUAGUUUGUGAACAGAAGUUAAGGCCAAAUAUUCCCAACAGAUGGCAGAGCUGUGAGGCCUUGAGAGUGAUGGCCAAAAUUAUGAGAGAAUGUUGGUAUGCCAAUGGAGCAGCUAGGCUGACAGCUUUGCGAAUUAAAAAAACAUUGUCACAGCUCAGCCAACAGGAAGGCAUCAAAAUGUAACUGAAACUUCGUGGGAACUCUGCUCUCUUCAAAUCUGCUCCUGGGUGUUUUGGAGGCCGGUUGUUCUACCUCACUGAGAGAACGGAGGGCUCUGCUCCUCUCGCUACAGUGGAAUAUGGCCAACUGAAAGCUUCCCAGGGUUUCUCUGGGCCCAGAGGCAGCCAUGGGGAUCCUUUCUGUGCACUAUGGAUACUUCUUCCCAGACAGUUACAGAAUGUUGUGUAGUCUACUUCUGUUUUUAUUAACAAAGCUUGUUUUUAAAGACGACCGGCAGCCCUUAGGGAGCUGCUGUGCUGUUGACGGCCUGUAGGGUGAAGGAGCUGGAGCAAGGAGUUAGAGGAAGCACUUCUGAUUCCCACUCUUGGUACAUUCUCAGAGGACUCCGAACCACUGGUGUUCCCUUGAUUCACUUGGAAUGUACUGUUCUAUAGUUUUUCAAGAUCUUAAACUAACACUUAAAACUCUAUGGUCUAAAAAAUAGGACCUCCUGUAGGUGUGGGGCACAGUGGUCAGCUGUAUUGUGUACAGCUCCUGCUCCUUCAUGCUCUGAACACAACACGCCUUCAGAAGGGUGUGCUACACCAGUAAGUGCCACUUCUGCGUCUUUCUAAAUGGAAACGAACAGAGCUGCUUAAAGUCUGUUAGUCCUGUAUCAUUUUCAUUCAGAAAGUUUAUUUUUCUGCGUAACCUAAACCUUUUCUGGGUUUGUUUUUAUUUUUAAGAGUUUUUGUGGUAGAUGUCAUUCAGUAUUUAUGCCUUUCUCCUACCCAAAUGUGCUUGAACCACUGAGGCAAUGCUGUAGCAUUAAUAAGCAGUAACUCUUGUGGGAACAUCCCCACACAGAGCUCGUGAGCUUUGCAGUUGAGAUGUUUAGCCUGAGUGGAUUUUAAGAAGUGAAGUGGCACCCCAGCCAUGUACAGUGCUUCACGGAUUUAAUCAUUGCGGUAUACAGACUCUUUCUGAAAGAGGAGCUAGUCUAUGCUGAAGAACAGUUGUGUGCUAUUCUGUAAGCCAUUUCUUUUUCUUUAUCUGAUCAAAGACAGUGUUUUGUUUUGUCUUUUCUCUUUUGGAAAGGAAUUGCAUUUAAAAUUCAAAUGUGGUUAAUGUUAAAUAAUAGGCCUUUUUCUGGGAAGGCAGAGCUAGCUAAUUUGAAUAUACAACAAGUGUAGGUGACUUUCACAUGCUAUAUAGCUGUAAGUAUUUGUGGAUUCUAUCUUGGGAAGGGCAGAGUUAGGUGGAGUUUUGAGGUCUCACUACACUUUGAGGAGGGCAGCUUUUAAUUCAGUCUUUUUAUCUCAUAUGUGCAGAUCUUGCAACUUGCUUGAUUUACCUGGUAGCACUGAAUUCAGUGGCAGGCUUGAUACUAGGAGAAGCGGCAGCUAAUAGCUGUUCUGAGUAGAGGCUCUUUUAUGUAUUCUUGGUCAUAUGAAAUGUCAGUCAGCCCAUUGGGUCUCCUCACUGGUGCUGGAGUUAGGUGGUUAAGCCUGGGUUUUACUUCAGUGCUGUCAAGUCUCUACAGGACUUGUAUGGCUUUUAAAGUCCUUUUUAUCACUGUGAUCAUAUUCUUGGGGGGAAAUGUUGUCAUUGCUUCAGACAAAAUGUUGGACAUAGUGAUGUUGAUUCUCAGAUAAAAAGGUCACAAUAGCCUUUAGUGUUUAGCCAAGAGGAGAUUAUGACUGUUGAUUUGAAGCAGCUGAGCGCUGUUAACAUCUUAUCUCAAACCUAGCAUAAAUUGAAGACUAUUUGGUCUUAAACCAAAGUAACUGUAUAGUGAAUGACAUGUUACCUAGGCAUUCGUGUCAGUUUCACACAUUUAAAAGCAUCAUGGGAAAAAGUACUUAGAGAUUAGUAUUUUUAAUGCAAAGCUGAGUUUCUUUCUGCAAUUCUCAUGAUUUCAUCAGUGUAAGGGUUUGCUGUUAUGGUUCUAUCACCUGCUUAAUACGCUCUUGUGCUGUCAUCAGGUACUUUUGGGGACUUGGUUUGUUUUCUGUUUUGUUUUGUUUUGUUUUUUUCCCACUUCUAACCGUUCGAGAUCUGCUUUAUAGAAAUCCAGGGACCAAUGCAUUUUAUCACUAAAACUGUUUUUAUAUAAUUUUAAGACUAUACCAAAAGUUGUCUGAGUUAAAGUUGUAAUAUGUUUCUUACUUUAUUGCAAGGAAAUGGGAUUUUGCUGAAGACACUUCUCAUGACAUCUGAGGUUGAAGAAUCAUUAUGUUUUUCUUACCUAAGUGGAUGAAAUGUGCUUUGAUGAAUCAGGGAAUUUUUUAAAGUUGGAAUUUAGUUCUAAAUUGAGUUUACAUGUUUACAGCUAAUUUUUUGUGUAGGGAUAGUUUGAUAAUCUCUAUGUGGCCAAUACUAAAUAUGAAAAUAACUUAAAAACUGAGAUAGGUCAUGGCUAAUGCAGCUAUGACUGUAGAUAGAUCUAAUUAUAGGAAUACUUCUGUAUCAUUUUGUAGUGCAGUCUGUUGUUUCUGUUGCCAAUCAGAAACAUGCACACCCCCAAGAUGUAGUAUGACUAAGACAGUUCUGACAACUACAUAUCAUCACGUCAGGACCUGGCUGAACUAGUGUGAAGGAAGGAUGACUUACAGAGGCUUAGACAACUUGACUCCCUUGUAUCUUCAGCUCUCUUUUUCCCACUCUGCCUUUCUGCUGCCCCCUGGCCCAGAGACUUAUUGUCCCUGACCCGCCUCCAGCCUUUGGACCUAAGAGCUACUUUUGAGACCUAAAAUGAAGUGAUUGAUGGAAGCUGUGUGACAUUUUCCACUUCCUUGAGUCACUGGGUAUCAUGGGGAGUAAUCUGCAAAUUGGAGUUGGGGAUGCUCCUGCUGGUAGCCCUGCUUUGAUGUCAGCUCUGGGCAAAGAUUAGGGUGACAGCCAAGUGGCAGUGGUAGUUGGCCUCAGAAGCAGUGGCCAGCUGUGUCCCUAGUAGGACAGCAAAGGCACGAUGAGCUGAGCCUGUAAUCCUGCUACUACAGUAGUACUCAAAAAGUGCCUUGAGGCCCUGCCUGGGGCCAUGGCCAUCGAGAGUUCCACACUUUGGUUCUCACUGCAGACUUAAACGGCCAUUUGGCCAUUUUUGUAAUCCAUACAUGUUUGACUCUUUCCUCUGCAAAUUGUCAGACAUGUAAAACCAAUGGCAAACUACUACUUACCAUGCACUCCAGGGUCUGCCCAGAAGACAUUGUGAUUCACCCAGUGCCCUGAGGGAAUGGUUGUAAACCUUUGUUCCUCAGUCGUGGGAGUAUUCUGGGAGUAUUCUGGCUCGUACUGUGGAGAUUCCAGAUGCGCUGUCACAGCCCGGCACACAGUCAGUGCGGUGAGAGUCUGGAGAGUAGUCUGGGAAUGAGUGCAGCUUCAUGUGUUGGAUGUUGAAACUCUUGUGGGCCUCUCGAGGGAAGCUGAGGGCUGUCAGCACAUUGUUUUCAAUCCUAACAGGACUCUUACUUACAAACAUUUAAAAAAUAUUGUCAUAACAUUCAAUCUCUUUCUUAAAGUGAAUUUGCUUUUAUUUUCAAUGAGAUUUGUGAGUUUAAUAUUAUGAACUGUGUUUUAAUAAUCCCUUUUUCACAUUGUGCCAAUGGAAUGGAAUAUUUGAUAUUUCUUUAUAUGUCAAGGAGAUGCUUCAAUGUGUCAUUUGCUUUAAACUUAAAUUACCUCUCAAGAGACCAAGGUACAUUUACCUCAUUGUGUAUAUAAUGUCUAAUAUUUGUCAGCAUCCGCCAGGUUUGCAGUUUUAUUUCUAUAAAGUGUGAGUAUUAUGUUGCUAAGUUACUCAGAUGGUACUGUACUGUUUAUAUUUGUACCCAAAAUAACAUCAUCUAUACUUGGUUUUCUGUAUUUUAUUGUAUUUGUGCAAAAGUCUUUUAACUCUGUUGGUGUGAUCUCUGCCCUUUCAGAUAUGUACAGGUGUCCAUAGAAAUUUUCAUUUAAGUUGAGUGGUUUUGAGAAGCCUAUGAAGAGAGAAAAAACAUAAACUGUGUUUCCCCAUCAGUUUUUAAAUGUACAUUGUAUGUGUAGUAAUAUUCCAGAUGAAUUGUAAAUAAAAAUUAGGGAGAUGCUUAAGUUUCAUCCUAACACUACAGUAGAAAACAGAAGCAUUGCAAAUAAAUGACUUUUUUCCCACCA